AUUAGAUCAAUCUCCCGUCUGUCGCUGCUUCUCUAGGCUCUUGAAACACUCGCCACACUUUUCUCCCCCCCUCCUUCUUCCAGCGAGGUGAUUUCUUCCGCUCCCAUCCAUCCCUUGCUUACACUGCUGCUGCCCUUUUCUCAAUCCGACGGCAGCGUCUCCGCAGUCCGCAGUCCGCAUUCCUUCUGCCCACUACUAGACCCCAGCCCUUGCGGAGCUAGUAUCUCUUUCCUUUCAACUGUCGCGUGCCCAGUUUCCUUAUCCCAGCAUCGCCCGACAUGCGUUUUGGAAAGACUCUGCGGAACUCCAUCUAUCCCCCCUGGAGUGGGAAUUAUAUCGACUACCACCGCCUAAAGGCCCUGCUCCGGGAGCAUGAUGUCACUGGAGAUGGCAGCGACUCGGAAACCACACCAUGGACCGAACAGGAUGAGGAGGCCUUCGUCGAGGAGUUGAUAAACGUGCAGCUCGAUAAGGUCAAUGCCUUUCAGAUGGAAACGCUACAGCAGCUGAGAGAGCGCACGUCGGCCUGUGAGACCCGGUUGCGCCCGUUGACUACCACUGCCGAUGACGAGACCCCUGCGAUUGUGAACGGUGAAGAGAAGAAGACGGUCGCCUCCGGGGUCCUCGAAGAGUUGGACAGUAUCACCAGAGAGGUGACUGAGCUGGAAAAAUAUAGUCGGAUCAAUUUCACGGGCUUCCUCAAGGCCGCAAAGAAGCAUGACCGCAAGCGCGGUACCAGAUACCGGGUGAAGCCUUUGUUGCAAGUGCGGCUCUCGCAGUUGCCAUUCAACUCAGAGGACUACUCGCCCUUGGUCCGCAGAUUGUCUGUGAUGUACUCCUUCGCCCGGGAGAUCCUUAGCCAGGGCGUCGUGGAGAUCAAGGACCCCGCCGAGUCUCGGUUUGGUCAGGGCGCCUACUCCUCGUUCAAAUUCUGGGUGCACGCAGAUAAUGUCCUGGAGGUGAAGACCUAUAUUCUUCGGCAACUUCCCGUCCUCAUCUACAACCCUGGUACCUCCAAGGACCUUACCACCGUUCCCGACGACCCCACGAUUACCUCCCUGUAUUUCGACAACCCGCAAUUCGACCUCUACACCCAGAAGGUCGCUCGUGCCCCUGAGGCCGGUUCUCUUCGGCUGCGCUGGACUGGCAACCUGCAGGACAAGCCCGCUAUCUUCCUGGAGAAGAAGGUUGUGACGGAUGACGAUCGCAGUAGGGAAGUGAAGGUGCAACUGAAGCAGAAACAUGUCAAGGAGUUCCUUGACGGCGAAUACCGAUUCGACAAGAAGGUGCAUCGGAUGGAAAACAUGGGCAACGGGGAAUCGGAGCAUGCCGAGUCUUUCAAGAAGGACGUCGAGGAGCUGCAAUCCUUCAUCAAGGAACACAACCUGCAGCCGAUGCUCCGAGCCAACUACACGCGCAUGGCCUUCCAGAUCCCUGGAGAUGACCGGAUCCGGAUUUCUCUGGAUACCAAUCUGGCUCUGAUCAGAGAGGACUCACUGGAGGAGCUGCGCCCUUGUCGGGAGGCGAAUGAGUGGCACCGUGGAGACAUCGACGAUGCCAACAUGGAGUAUCCGUUCAGCCGCAUCAGAACCGGCGAAAUCGCUCGGUUCCCCCAUGCCCUGCUGGAAAUCAAGCUGAGGGGCAGUACGGCGCACAAUGCCGAGUGGAUCAAGGACCUCAUGGUUUCCCAUCUCGUGAAGGAAGCCCCCCGGUUCUCCAAAUUCGUCCACGGCGUGGCCCAGCUCUUCGAAGACUACGUAAACAGCUUCCCCUUCUGGCUUGGUGAGCUGGAAAGUGACAUCCGACGGGAUCCGGAGACGGCUUUCCACGAGGAACAAGAGCGACUUGCGAAGCGUGCCGAGGAGGAAAUGGCGGUUGGAAGCUUCUUGGGCGGCAAGAGUCCUGCAGCAAGGCCCCUGGUGGGAUCCCCGGUUCAUAAGUUCACCGACGUGGAAUCUUCCUCACGGGGCCGCCAGUCUCCGCAGGUCGCACACGCACAGCCAUCCCAGCGUCCGUCGGCGCCCGAGGUGGCGCCGAGACCCGAACGCGACGAGCCCAUCCAAGAAGUGGAAGAAGGAGAGCAAGCGGAGCAGCCCGUGACGCUGAAACGGCUGGCCGCUCUGUUCCCCUCCUUCCCCCUGUCCCGCGCCAACCGCGCCGACGAGGCUGCCUUGCCGCCUGGCGUCCGGGAACCCGGGACGUGGAUCAAGGAUUCAGGCCCGGUCCGGGUCGAAACCAAGGUCUGGCUCGCCAACCAGCGAACGUUCAUCAAAUGGCUCCAUAUCAGCAUCCUGCUGUCCUCGCUCUCGCUGGGUCUGUACAACGCGGCCGGGAAGGACAACGAUGUGGCUCGUGCCCUGUCCAUUGUCUACACGUGCUUCGCCAUCUUUGCUGCCGCGUGGGGAUGGUACAUGCACGAGAAACGGGCCCGCCUCAUCCGCCAACGCAGCGGACGCGACCUGGACAACACCUUCGGUCCUAUUGUCGUGUGCAUCGGACUGGCCGUGGCGCUGGUCCUGAACUUUGCCUUCAAGUAUAACUCUACUGUCGAGAGGAUACGGGAGCGUGAUAGUCUCGCGAACCCUCCCACGUUGAACUCGACCGGUUUCGCCAACCAGGCGCACCCGUGGCAACUGGUCAACCAGGGUGGACAGGCGCUUUGAUCGGAUGACUAGCUAUCCAAAGUGCCGGUCUAGCAAAGGGGGGGGCAGGGGUGAGGCAGGGCUGUGUACAGUGCAUUGCGAUGUAAAAUUGUCCAUCCACCUUUGUGAUUGUAUACAUAGGGUGUCUUGUCGAUGUAUGUAUGUAUUCUUAGCAUUUUACUUGAUUAAAAGUGAACCCCAGCGAGCGUCAUUAGUUAGAAUGGAAAUGAU